UAGAUUUCGUCCUAUUUUUAUUUUUUAUCUUUUUUUUUUUUUGUAAUGCGUUUAGUCUGAGAUUUUUAGACAAGCAUGAUAUAGGAGAUAUGUGAGAAUUAUUCUGAACUUGGAUGAAGCUUAUGUUGGCAACUUUUGAUAUUGAAUGCAAGUUGAUUAAUUUUGAAAGUGAAAAGAAUUUGUUUCCACACCUGAAUAUUCUUGAAAUGUUGAUUCAUAUUUGAUUGUCAACAAACUGCUCGACGUAUUGCCUGAGAGAAAUUCGACUUGAUCAAAAUUUAUUAGGUUCGAUUCAACUACACAAGUUUAAAAGUAGUGAAGCAUGGGAUUAAGAAACAAUGACAUACACAUUGUUGCAUUUGAGUUUUUAACAUAUACAAAAUUAGUGUUCGGUUUUUUGGGAGAAACUGGACCCAUGUAAUAAGCAGCAGAAGUUGUUGGAUUAUCUUUCUCUUCUUUUGGUGUUGUUAAAGAAGAAGGAGAUUGUGUAGGUUGUAGAAGUUGAAAGUUUUUAUAUAUUUCAGAUUUAUUAGAAAGUAGAAGAAGAUUUAUGAAUGAUGAUACAUAGAGGUAAUCUGUAUACGAACUGGAAGCGCUAACUGAUGGUAAAUAGUAGGUUAAAAAUAUGUUUACUUAUUGGAAAAAAUAGUUAUUUAUAUCAUUGUGAGUCAUUCAAUAUAAUUUAUCUUUCAUUCUGUUCUGUAUGGACUUGUGUAAUGGUAACUUGAUGAGAAAUGUUGGGCAGGAAGAAAUGAGAAGAUUUUUUGCGGGGAAGAGUAUUUUGAAUCGGAUCCAAUCUUCGAACCGGUUAAAUCUCUACCCGAAACGACCCUUUUGCUCCUCCACCCAAAACAAAAAGCCCACCGCCAUUACCAGUAGCAACAAUGGGUCUUCUUCAUCUCCUUCAAUCAGCAAUUACAGCGAGCAAUACAAAGCUCUUGAGAACCUUGAUUUCAUGACUGCCGCAAAGAUUCUCUUCUCCGGAACCCCCAAUAAGAAGGAGUUUGGGUUGGAUUUCCACCUGGUACAACUCUUCUUUGUAUGCUUGCCAUCUCUGGCUGUGUAUCUUGUAGCUCAGUAUGCUCGCAGUGAAAUGAAGAAAAUGGAUGCGGAAUUGGAACGGAAGAAACAAGCGGAGUUUGAAGCACAAGCGAAAGAGAUGGAGCUAAAAGCUGCCGAAGAAAAAGCAGCAGCAGCUUCUAAUCCAGAGCUUUUGGAGGUGAAAGAGAGGCUCGAUAAGCUCGAAAUUACGGUAAAAGAAAUUGCUUUGGAAUCGAAGAAGCAAACUAGUGAUGCUAUAAGAACUGGACCUCAAAACAACAAUGAGCAAAACAAACAGUAGUAGUACUGAUAAGCUGAAGUUGCUAUAAUUUUGUGAAUCUUUAAUCCAAUUUUGUGAAUCUAAAUAAAGUUUUCUUUUGGGGUGCUAUAAUUUAGCAUAAAUUAUGUUUAUCUUUCUGGUAAUGAUUAUCCAUGAACUUUAGAUAAUUUUCCCUUAAUAUUUAUCCAAUUUCAAUUUAUU